UGCCCGAGAAUAAGACAAAACUGUUGGAGAAGUUGUUGGAAAAUAAUAGAACAAUAGAGACAUUCGGCUUAACCAGAUGCCCUCAAUGCCAAGUUAACACAGACUGGCACAAGUUUAUGACUGUCGCCGAAGUAUACAAGAUACAAGGAGGGGGAGAUUUUGAGCCUUAUGUUGUUGUACAAAGAAAGACCAGCCCUGCUUAUGAUGAACGUUUGAUAGCUAGGCAUAUGAACAAAAUACUAUAUGAUUACGAAUUAUAUGUUUUGAAGUAUGAAUUCUAUGUUUUACCAGAUGUAUACAUCGUUCAUGAACCACACAAACGGAUAAAGCAACCAAAGUCUGUAUGGAAGUGUAUGGAGAAAAUUGCAAAGCAGAUCGUCAGAGAGGUUGACAGGAAGAAAUCAUAGUACAUCAUGAAAAGGCUCAUGUCAUCUCAUUCAACUUGUAAGACUGUAAGACUAAAUCAUCACAAUCAUGUUAAUGGAUAUAU